AUGGUUGGCGUCACUACCAUUUCGACUCUCGUUCCUUUACUACUCGCCUUGUCCACCUCAAUCGACGCUCGGAGCGUACAUCCUCGACACUCCGAUUCUACGGUUGACUUCAAGGAAGACUCGACGGGAAGAAAGACACAACAUAUGGCAAGGGCCACUAGUGAUUUCGACGCGAGCUCUUACACCACUUAUCUCGGAUGCUUUGUUGAUAGCUACAACCCGCACUACCUCAAUAACUAUUACACAAGGUUGGAUAACAACACUCUCACGAACUGUGUCGUCCAAUGCGCUCAAAACAGCUUUAUGUACGCUGGUGUUGAGUACGGAACCGACUGCUAUUGCACCAACACAUUGACUCCCUCGAGGAAUAAUGGUGCAGGGACUACUGCUUCUGCGAAGGACUGCAAUAUGCCAUGCGCCGGCGAUUCAUCCACUACCUGUGGAGCAACUUGGCGAAUCCAGGUCUACAAGUAUAAUCCAACAACAGUCAACAAUGCCGGCGCUUCCUACACUUCUUCCGUCUCGGCUGCGUCGUCCAGCUCAUCCGCCUCGGCUUCUAAAGCUUCGGCUUCAUCUGCGUCGGUCGCUUCAGCCUCGUCAGUGUCGGCUUCCUUGUCCUCCGCAUCAGCCGCUUCUUCUGCAUCAGUGGCUUCCGCAUCCUCAGCCUCAGCCGCGUCCAGUGUGAGCGCUGCCUCAGCUUCAGCCGCGGCUUCGGCUUCUAUCGCCAGUGCAAGCUCUGCAUCAGUAGCUUCCGCAUCCUCAGCUUCAGCCGCGUCCAGUGUGAGCGCUGCCUCAGCUUCAGCCGCGGCUUCGGCUUCCAUCGCCAGUGCAAGCUCUGCUAGCAUCAGUUCGGCAAGUGCCGCAAGUGCCGCAAGCUCGGCUAGUGUGGCCAGUGUGGUCAGUGCUUCUAGUGCAUCUGCAGCAUCGGCUUCCAGUGCCAGUGUCGCCAGCGCCUCUUCAGCGUCAGCUGCUAGUGUGAGCGCCAGUUCUGCCUCAGCUGCCGCAGCCGCUUCUUCGGCGUCUGCCUUCGCUGCCCAAGCCACAGCCAUCACCAGCGGUUGGCAAUCUGCUGUGUGUAUCGCUGAAGGUAAAGGUGGCAGAGCGCUCGUAGAUAACUCUAUAUUUGGGGGUAUGACUUGGAAGACGUGUACCGACUUCUGUGACCGUAAAGGAUUCACUAUUGCUGGUGUCGAGUACGGCCGGGAAUGCUAUUGCGGCAAUGUUCUGUCCAACGGUGCUUCUCUUAACAUUGCGUCUUCAUCUUGUUCCAUGCCUUGCGAUGGCAACAAUAAUGCCAACUGUGGUGGCUACAACGCUCUGAAACUCUUCGUCUCCUCGAGUGCUGUUUCUCUCCUCUCUGCCGAUCUUACCUCCCAAUCUAUCGCUAUCCCUAACGGAUGGGCUGUCGCCAGCAACGAUUGUAUCCAAGAAGGUUCUUCUGGUAGGGCUCUAGUCGGCGCUUCUUAUAGCGUGGACGGUAUGACGGUCCCAUCCUGUAUCAACUAUUGUGAUAACCUCAACUAUCCUUAUGCGGGUGUCGAAUACGGUCGGGAGUGCUAUUGCGGUAACACCCUUGCCAAUGGUGCUAGUUUGUCAAUCUCCGCCACCAACCAGUGCAGCGUCAAAUGCACCGGCAACACGGCGAUUACUUGUGGAGGUUCGAACGCCUUGCAGCUCUACGUCAACCCUCUUAAUUUCGUCAACACCACCGUCGUGAACGGGUACACCUACCAAGGCUGCAUCAGUGAGGUGAAAGGCCGCGCUCUCACUGGUGCCUCGACGCAAUCCGCCUCCAUGAGCAUCGAAACUUGUACAGCUUACUGCUCCAAACUUGGCUUCACUUAUACCGGUGUUGAAUACGGCAAAGAGUGCUACUGUGGCAACAGUCUGGUCAAUGGUGCUGGCGCCUCUUCUUCCGCUUGUGGUUAUUCUUGCACUGGCAACAGUCAAGAGACCUGUGGCGGUUACAACGCUAUCUCGCUGUACAAGACCAGCUAG